UCAAAGUGUCUCUCAUAAUGGUUUCUCUCUCUUCAAUCCAAUUCAUAGACGCUGCUCUCUAUGGAAGCACCUCAUUUGCUCUAUCCUACACAGACCCUGAACAAAAAUGGGUAAUUAGAGAACACCUCAUUACUCUCCUUCAAGAAUUUCCUUCUCUCAAUCCUUCAAUGAACACCUUCACCCACAACGAUGGUGCCACCGUCAACCUUUUGAACAUAAACGGUGAUCUCUCUGUGUCUCGAUCCGUCCCGGCCAUCUUUUUAACCAUUUGGGUUCAUGAAAACUACCCUAGCAUGGCCCCUAUUGUCUUUCUCUCUCCAAAUUCUAUGUACCCAAUUCAUCCUGAUCAUCCUUUUGUUGACUCAUCUGGUUCUAUCACCUCGCCUUACCUUCAAACAUGGUUUUACCCUCGAAGCAACCUCUCAGAGUUUGUUCACAACCUUGUCAAGCUCUUUUCCCACAACCAUCCUUUCUACUGCUACUCAACAACUUCUAGCGCAACCCAUCUUUCUAUUCCUUCAAAAAUGGAGGCCAUGGAUCGUCUGGUGUGUAAAAUUCACCAUGACAUGAGGGCCUUGAGGACGAAAACAGACGAAGAAAUAGAGGAACUAUCAAGCCUUCAAGCUGAAAUGGUGAAGAGAGUUGAUGUAACAACAGGUAUUAUCAUUGGGUUAGAUGAAGAAAGAGAGAAGUUGAAGGAAAGAGUAAGAGACCUGAGUGAAGAAGCUGAUGUGUUGAUCAAUUGGUUGAGAGUUUAUGAUAAGAAAUACUCUGGAGGAACAUCAAUGGUGGGUGAUGAUAUUGAUGAUGUAUUUGAAGCUGUAGAUGAGGAGUCGAAGAUGAUCAUUGAUUGGAAGGCUGAAGAUAUGGGUUUGGAGGAUUUGAUAUACGAAUUAGACAAGGCAGUUGAAAAAGGGGUUGUGAGUUUUAGAAUGUACAUCACGCAAGUCAGGAGCUUGGCUAGAGAGCAGUUCUACCACAGGAAUAGGCUGGUGAAAUUGAAGGGUACCAAAAUUCUCCACUUGCCUUAUUGA